GUUAAGCCAUCUCACAGCACUAAUUUUUACAGAGAAAUUUAGGCAUGGAAUUUAAUAAACUUGUGAGCCCAAAGCAUGAAAUUCCCUUUGAAACAAAGUAUGCUUACCCCCAAUGCCAGUCCCGCUGUCGCCCAUUUGCAGCGGUGAAGAACACAUUCUUAGUCAUUCUAUUUUUCAUGAUCUUUUCUUCUGCAGCGGCUUAUGAUCCCUUGGAUCCCACUGGAAAUGUAACCAUCAGAUGGGAUAUAAUGUCUUGGACUACAGAUGGCUAUUUGGCUGCAGUGAGCAUUUUCAAUUUCCAAACGUAUCGGCGCAUCUUAAGCCCUGGAUGGACUCUGGGGUGGCGAUGGGCUAAGAAAGAAAUCAUAUGGACAGUGGUGGGAGCUCAGGCUGCAGAGCAAGGAGACUGCUCCAAGUUCAAGGCAAACAUUCCACAUUGUUGCAAGAGGAGUCCUCAAGUUGUUGAUUUGACCCCUGGAGCUCCUUACAACCAGCAGUAUACCAAUUGCUGCAAGGGCGGCGUGUUGGCGUCGUGGGGGCAGGAUCCCUCUGCUGCAGUCUCAGCCUUCCAGAUGGGUGUUGGUGUUGCCGGAACUUCGAAUAAAACAGUGAAACUGCCCAAGAAUUUCACCCUGCUCGGUCCGGGAGCAGGCUACAGUUGUGGCCCUGCAAGGAAAGUGCCUGCCUCGGCCUUCCUCACGGUCGAUCGCAGGCGAAGAACUCAAGCACUGAUGACAUGGAACGUGACGUGCACUUAUUCGCAGUUUCUGGCAUCAAAGAACCCAACCUGCUGUGUCUCCUUGUCAUCUUUCUACAACAACACGGUCACUCCUUGCCCAACUUGCUCUUGUGGUUGCCAAAAUAAUAACAGCUGUGUCACGAGUGACUCAAAAUUAUUGGAUCCAGUGACAAGGAACAAUACGGGGAAGGAUAGGGAUAACGCACCUGUACUGUUACAAUGCACACGACAUAUGUGUCCAAUACGAGUGCAUUGGCACAUAAAGUCCAACUACAAGGACUACUGGCGAGCAAAGCUGGCCAUCACUAACUUUAACUAUGGGAUGAACUACACAGAUUGGACGUUGGUGGUGCAGCAUCCCAACCUCAGCAACAUCACCCAGGUGUUUAGCUUUGAAUACAAGCCCCUCAUUCCCUACCAAUCCGUUAAUGACACGGCGAUGUUCUAUGGAUUGAAGUUCUAUAAUGACCUAUUAAUGGAAGCUGGACCUGGCGGAAAUGUGCAGUCAGAGGUGCUUUUUCUAAAGAACAAGGAAACAUUCACCCUGAAGCAAGGAUGGGCUUUUCCCCGGAAAGUUUACUUUAAUGGCGAUGAGUGCAUGCUGCCGCCGCCGGAGACAUACCCUCAUUUACCCAAUUUUGCCUAUCCAAACCCAAAUCCAAUCUCAUUUUUGACAAUAUUUUCUAUGUUUUUUAUGAUAUCCUCCAUUUUUUGAUCAAUCUCCUAUUGGGGAUGAUGAAAGUUCCCAAAAAAUAAAGCAAGUUGGUUC